ACGAAACCUAAAUACACCACUGCCUCCAGCUAAGCAGAACAAGCUGCCAAUCAGAAGAGACUUGAGGGGCAUGAAUGGGACAUGUAGUCUCAAGGAAUGGCCUGUUCACAGAAGUCCAUGGGGCCUGGACUCGGAGGAGGGAGCAACAUCCACCAGGAGGGCGCAGUGUUAUGGGAAGAGUUGGUUUACCUGUUUGCGGAAGCUUUGGCGGAUGGCGCUGUGAAGAUGGGGAUGCCCAGUGCCUUGUCUAGCCGCAUUGCAGCCCAGACUCUGCUGGGGGCAGCGAAGAUGAUUCUACAAAGUAAGGAGCACCCCGCGAAGCUGCGCUCUGAUGUCUGCACCCCCGGAGGCACCACCAUACACGGACUCCAUGAACUGGAGAAGGGGGCCCUGAGGGCCACAGUAAUGAAUGCUGUGGAAGCUGCAACAAAUGGAGCCAGAGAUCUGGACAAGCGCUAACAACUCCACACAUUCAUUGAGAGAAUUCAACAAGAGAGAUCCUUCCAACUCAUCAUCGGCUUCCCCACUGUGACUAGACAAUGGAUGGGGCUGUAAUGUAUUA